UACUAGAAAGCAUAAAAUUAUAAAAAAAUAUUAGUUGCGUUCUUGUCUUAAUCGAUGGACGAAGAAGGACUUUGCGGUACUUAAUUGUAGAGGUCCUGAAAGAGGGGGUUGUGGACGUGGAGAGGAUGAAAUCCAGCACCUACCCGGGGACCGGGACAGUCGUGUGUCAGUAACCAUGAAGUUGAGAUGGAUCAUCGUCGUGGCCGGUUUCGUGUGCCAGAUCGGCUGCACGUCCAUCCGGCCGAACUUCCGGCCCCAGGAGUCGUCCGGAGACGGGAAGAUCCAGGGUGAAAUCGUCGUCAGUUCGUCGGCGAUUUCCGUGAAAGGUCCUCCGAAGGGAUUCCCACUGAUCAAGGAGCAGGAGAGGAAACAGAGGAGCGUGGACGAGGCCGAACGGGCCGUCGGACGGAAAAAGAGCGGCGGUUGGUCCAAGAUGAUGAAGAAGAUGUGGCCUUACAUGCUCGUGCCGGCUAUGAUGAGCAUGGGCUACGCCCCUUUCAUGCUCGCCUCGCUCAAAAUGUUCGUCAUGAAUGCCGUCAUGAUCAACAUGAUGGCUCUAAACGCUGCGAUAUUCCUCACACUCAGAAACAUGGUCUUCGGUCCGAGGAACGGCGAGCACAUACGCUACUACAACUUGGGAUAUAAGAAAAAGACACACCAUCACCAUCACAGGUGAUGAUCUAUCGACAAGCCUUCUCUCGAUAAGGCCCAGCUUUUAUUUCUUUAAUUUCACCCUCGUCAUGCGAAAUACGCCAAAAUAGCAGACAUCCAACUAGACACCAAAGAGUACGUCGUAGUGUGUGAAUAAAGUGUGAAACAAGUACGAUGCGGUAUAUCAAGUUUUAAUCUAAAACAAUGUAAAACGUGGCUGUGUUCAUUUUAUUUAUUUAUUUUAGCUGUAAUAAACAACAAUAUC